AUGCUCCUCGGUCUCGCGCUAGCCGCGCUUACGCUUCCGCUCGUCUACCUUCAAUUGUCCUACCUUCCUGCAUUCAGUGAAGUAUUUCCUGAGCUGAAUGGUCUCUCGCGUUGGGACCUACGCAGUCGCAAUAGAUUCCUCGGCACACCUGCGUCUGGCUGGGCCAUUACGCCCGACAUCUCGUCAUAUGUCGAUCGACUCCUUGCAGAUUGGCGUGUGCACGGGCUUUCGGUUGGCGUUGUGCGGCUGACGGACGAUGGAGAAAUCCAUACCGACCUUGGUUCCUGGGGGACCAUGUCUGAGGAAGGAGAGCCGGCUGCUGUCGAUACCCUCUUCAACAUUGGCACAUGCUCAAAGUCCUUCCUCCCUGGGUCGAUGGCCGUCCUAAUCGAUGAUUUUGCGCAUGCGCGUAACAUUACACCGCUCCGCCAGGACUCGAUUCCCUUACACCCUGUUGCGCAAGAACGCAUGACCGUGCGGGAUGCACUUGCGCAGAUGGUCGGACUGGAGGCUCAUCAGCUAUUCUUCAGUAUUGAAGAUACUGCUCUGGACGUAGUAGAAAGGCUACACCAUCUCAUCCCUAAAUCCAAAUUUCGAGAGAAGAAGACUAUUGAUCACGCGGUAUACACAAUCGGUGCACAUCUCAUCGCAAUCUACUCCAGUAUGCCAUAUACGCAAUUUGUGCGACAACGCAUCUUGCUUCCGCUCGACAUGUCCACAAGCACGUUCUCGGGUGCCGCCGCCGCUCGUUCAAGACGCCUCAGCGAGGGCUGGACUAAUACGGGGCGACGUGUGCCGUACUGGCUUCCGGAGACGGCGGUGGAGGUGAUGGCAGGGUCUCAUGGGCUCAUUUCCAGCGCAAUAGAUAUGACGAAGUGGAUCACUGUACUGUUGAACCAUGGCGUAGAUCCAAGCACCAACGAGACCGUACUGCCUUGGGACGUGUUUGCAGAGACCCUGAAGGUGCAAGUUACAGAAACACUCGCUGAUGGCGUUCGCAUCGACGGCGGCAUGGGCUGGAUAAGUGGGAUGGACCAUGGCCACGAGAUGACUGUGGCCUUGGGCGGUGUGUCCGGCUCUCGCGCAUUCGUCGCUCUCUUACCCCGGGAUAGGAUUGGCCUGAUAACUCUCAUCAACGGGGAUAUGUGCCAACACGAGGAGAGCGUGGCCAAGGCAAUCAUCGAGAAACUCCUCGGCUUAGAGCCCUCCACGAAGAUGCCUGUUGCGACGCUGGGCGUCGCGCCGGUUUCCAUGAAGAUGAACAUCUCUAGACGACACCUCGCAUCUAAAGCCAAUGUGCCACUCUCUGCUAAAAUCAAGACAUCGAUGUUGGACAGUGACGCUCACCGCGAAUGUUGGAGCAUCGACCCUCUAAAGAGCGCUGUCUGGCCCGAGGUGACGCACGUCGGUGAUGUUCCUCUGGAGGUGUACGCAGGGCAGUACCACAACCCCGGGUUCGGGACAUUCACUCUAUGCGCCCCUUCUAGCAACAGCAGCGAGUGCGCAUCGGUGCUCCGGGAUUUUGCGGCGUACGACCAGCCGACGCGGUACCUCCCGACGCUGUACGCGGCCUGGCCACGAGUCUUUGCAAGUCAUUUUCGCAUUGAGCACUUCUUGGGUCGGUAGUUACUCGAGCCCGUGACGCUCUACCCGAGAGGGUAUGGGCGUGACCGCACGCCAUUCGCUGACCGGCGGCCGGCGGAAGAGAUGGAAUGUGAGGUGCGUGAAGGAGCUGUGAUCGGGUGCGGAAUCGCGCGCGAUCAUGGGGAGAGCGCGACGGAGAAUACUAGAGCACGAGUGUGGUUCACGAAAGUUGUUUGACACGCCUCUCUUGAGUCGCAGAAAACCACAGGGGAGCAAAGAGCAAAGUACCGCCGUGACCAGGAGAUCGGGCCAUGUUGUGCUCUCUGUUCAACUUUAACGUAGUCCUAUAGCUCUCAUGCAAAAUGUUCAUUGGUGCUGUC